AUGUUGAAAAGAAGUUUAGGACUUUUGGUUGGGCGAAGUGUGCGGUCCUACUAUGCAUCCCGAGUGAUAUACAAUGCGCCCAAAUUGGUGCUGAAGGAUAAGAAUAGGCCUCUAAGAAUUGACCGGGAACUUCCAGAUCCUAACGAGGGUAAGUUGAAGCAAAGGCUGCAACUUGCAGGGUUUUCGGUAGCGAUUGUGGCGGCCUUGAUGGUUAUAUUCAACUAUGAAAAGACCGAAUCGCCUGUCGUAUCUAAUACUUUGUACCACCUGCGUAGAUCCCCGGCUACAGCACAACUUCUAGGUGAAAACAUCGAGUUUGAAGGUUUGGUUCCAUGGGUUCAUGGUGAACUGAAUCAGGUCGCGGGCAAAGUUAACAUUAGGUUUAAUAUCAAGGGAGAUAAGAAUGCAGGUGUAGUUAGACUAAUUGCUGAUAGAGAGACUCCUCUGGAUGAGUUCUUGAUUCACGAAUGGAGUCUGACUGUGAAUGGCAAUAAGAUUGACCUACUAUCAGAGGAAGGUGUCAAGACGUUAUGA